GGUUAAGCUGGCUCUCAAAUUUCGUAAAUAUUUCGCUCGUUACUCCGGCUAUUCGAAUUUUUCAACACCGGUCUUGCCACAGCCACAAGAUCAGAGAGAUAUUCAACAAUUAUCUAGUUACACAAUGGAGGGCCCGCCACCCGGACCUCCUUUGGGCGAGCCGCAAACUUAUUGUCUGCGUUGGAAUCUGCAUCAAUCGAAUUUGGUUGAUAUACUAGAUGUCCUCUACAAAAGAGAGAAUUAUGUCGACUGCACGAUAAUUGUUGAUGAUAAUGAAAAAUUUAAAGCUCAUCGUGUCGUAUUGGCAGCCAAUUCACCCUAUUUUCAUAGUAUACUUCAGGAUGUGCCGGGCGAACAUUGUAGCAUAAUAUUUCCUGGAGUUAAAAAAUAUGAAAUGGAAGCUUUACUUGAGUAUAUGUAUACCGGUGAGGUGGAUGUAACCCAAAGUCUAAUACCAAGAAUAAUGCGAAUUGCCGAAGAAUUGAAGGUGAAGGGGCUUUUUGAUAUGGCCGAUCUUAAAGAGAAAUUUAGUAAGGCAGCCGACGAAUGCAAUGAAAGAGCAGUUGAUCAUUGCACACGACCAAUAAGUCCAGACGUUCUAUACCGGUCUCCGGCUUCAACAUCAUCCAAUUGUGCUCAAAUUCCUCGAGUAACAAAAGAUAGCGAUAGCUUGGAUCAUCAUGAGACGUCUUUAAUAUCUACCUCUUCGAAUAUUUCACCGAGUAGUACGCGAAACUUUGGUUUAAUCGCGUCAGCUCCAGUUAAUCAAUGGGCUAUGUCGCCAUCAUCGGCCGCAGCUGCCAUGAUCAAUUCGGUGUACGAUGCAGGCAACGAUCUAAAUUCGUUAAAACAUGCGGCGGAAAUGUCCGCUUUCCCCCAUAUAGUAAAUGGCGAAGACACUCCCAUAUUGCGUAAUGUUUUAGGCCACACUAAUCCAGCCGAUUCGUCGCAGUCCUUGCCUUUAGUUCUACCUAGCACGUCAGCCUCGGCGACAGCAGCAGCGGCGUCAACGAAAGGAGAUGUGAGCUCAUCAGCGCAUAUGGUAGGUCAAAGUAGUCAUGGUUUUAGUUUAAACGGUUCUGAUUACAGCGGGAAUCGGCUUCCGCAGCAACAGCAUGAUGAACAGCACUCACCUUUGACCGAUCGCUCCUUUGACGAUGAGGGGACGUUCGCAAAUAGAAGCAGUAGCAGUAGUUACGAUAGCAAUGUAAACAGCGCACCGACAGGAAAUCAGAAACCGGAAUGGAAGCGCUACAAACAAUAUACUCGCAAUGAUAUUAUGUCGGCUAUUCAGUGUGUGAAGCAGGGUAUGACCGCUUUGCAAGCAUCGAAAAAAUUUGGUGUACCCUCAAGAACAUUGUACGAUAAAGUAAAAAAACUAGGCAUAACCACAGGUCGUCCAAUCAAUCGUGCUUUGAAGCGGAGUCCAACCAAUGUGGAAUCUUCGGCAGCUUUCCCCUAUGCUCAUACUUACGGUCAGGCGUCAACGUCGGUAGCAAUGGCAGCCGCUGCCGCUAUGCAUGACGUUAAUCGCGAAAACAGUGAGCUAAAAGAGCAGUUACAGCGCCCCAGUGAACCCCACCAUUUGCCACAAGCCAUGGCUCAUCCAACUCUUUUGGAUCGUGCCUUCUUACAACAAGCAUUAGAAAGUAGGGGCGGGGGCGAUAUAGCCGGCCGAGAAGCUUUACAUGCAAUGGCCUUAGCAGCAGUAGCUCAAGCGGCUGCCAAUCAUAUAUCCACAAAUCCAGGAGCAAAUGGCAAUGCCGCCCGUUCUCCUAGCCCAGCCACAUUUCCUUUAAUCAAAUAUUGUAACGCGAUGCAUAUAGACGAACCUGAAGGCUUAGAACGUAGCGGCAGCGGUAACAAUCCUGAGAGGCAUCAACAAGUCAUGGACAUUGAUGACGAUAAUCAUGCCCAAGAUCUAACAAUCAAUCGAAAAACGAUUAAGUCGCCAUUAACCGUAGAACAAAGAGAACAACGGCCACUGUCGACUAACAUAUUGCCAGCAAUGUCUCAACCUCGCAGUUCGCAAGAGGCGGAAAGGACUGUUAUAAUAAACUCUAAGUUGCCAUUAAAUCUUAGCGAUGAAUUUAUUCCCGAGUCCGCAAUGAAAAGGGAAGUUGUCGAUGAUGUACGAGGCGAUUGAUUAAUGUUGACUAUGGCUUGGCAAUAUGCGGCCGAUACUUACGAUGCCUUAUUUCACGCAAUACGCGUUAACAGCAGCAAGGACCAGGAAAAGCAAUCACAAGAAAAAUAAGGAAAAGAAAACAGUGGUUA